GUUGGAUACUUUGGGUUUAUUUCCAUUUAAUUUCCGUGAAGCAAGGAAAUUAAAAAAGAAAAAACAGGCAAGGCCCCCUCCCUUAACUUCCCCCAUAAGACUCGCUCCAUUUUCACAAUCUCUGUUUUUAUCUCCCUCUCCAAACCCUAACAUUGAAACCAGAAAGAAUUCUAACACAGACAGAGACAAACAAAAGACCAGGCCAGACAAAGUGAAUGAUUGAAGGCUGUGAAAGUCUUUUUCGUCAGACUUGUUCUGUUUCUGUAGAUGUAAAUCCCGAUAAACUGCCACACCAAUCUUAAGGUAUCCGAUGUUUGUUUUAUUUCUGUAGAUGCAAAUAUCUUUAUUAUUAUGAUUAUGAUGAUUUCAUAUUACUAACCAUAAACAAUAUAUGUUAACUGUAAUGCUAUGGAAAGUGGUAACCGGAGGCUUACGCUGUUGGAGCAGAUAUCAGCGGUUGAGAACGGCCGGAUUAGUAUGGCUGGUUUAAAUAAUGAUGGAAAAUCGUCGCCUCGGCACCGUACGCUUCUGGAUAUUAUACGGGACGAUAGGACCCUCAAAGACAAGAAGAGUUGGAAAACGUUUCGGGAUAAGUUACGGCUGAAGCGAGCAGGUUCGGCCUGGAUCUCCUCCGUCCGUGUCCCCACUUCCGAUGUUAAUGUUCAAGGUAGUAGAUCACGGUCCCCGCGCCACGGUUCGCCUCGUUCUAACUCCUCUGACACCACCCAUGCCAAGGAUGGAGGCGAAUGUGUCCCGGUUUCUGACCCGCCAGUUGUGAACUCUAAGAUGCAAUUGGUGCGGAGGGAUUCUAUUCGGUUUGGCAACAAUUCCUCUCACGCCGAUCACAAUGAUUCUGUUGAUGCCACCAUGCCCAGCGAUGCUCCACGCUCAAGAAGCUCCAAGCCACAAAUGGCCCGCCACCCAUCGAUUCGUAUGUCUUCCGCAAGCCACCACCAAGAUGACGAUGACGACGGAGACGAAUACGACGUUGCUGAGGGCAGCGAUGACGAAGAAUACGAGUCUCCUGAGGAAGAUGAAGGAUCGCAACCUCCGGUAGAGGUACUAUCCAAGGAGAGAUCAUUGUCGGCGAGGGAGGCGGUGGCGGCACAGGAAGCGGCGGAAGCAGCUGCGGGGAAGGGUGCGGUGGUGGAGCCAGUUAAGAUGUCAUUAAUGGAUUUGUUGGGGGAAACGGGAUACGGGAUGGGCGAAGAUGAUGACGACUACGACGACGAAGAAGAAGAUGAAGAGGAAGAUGAAGUAGCGGUGUCAUUGAGCGGAGGGAUGGAAUACACGUGUGGCGUGUGCAUGGUUAGGCAUAAAGGGUCGGCGUUUAUUCCAUGCGCCCAUACCUUUUGCCGGCUUUGUUCUAGGGAGCUAAUGGUUCAGAGAGGUAACUGCCCGCUUUGCAAUGGCUACAUCUUGGAAAUUCUUGAUAUCUUCUGAUAUUAGUAACUUCUAUCUCCCCAUGGAGGAAUGAAUUAGUGUAAACAAUAGCACUUGGAAUCCCCUACCAAUUUCUUCUUCAAAAUUUUGAUUAGGUUUUGUUUAAUACUUGAUUUAAGUAAGCAAGUAUUCCCAAAUGCAAUGAAAUGUUGACACUGAGAAAGAGA